AUGGCAAGUCUUCCCCGACCUGCACUCUGCAAGCCAGCGUUGUGGCCAACAAAACUAACGCAAAGCACAGAUCUUUCGCGCGACGCCUGCAUUCGGUAUGCCUCCGAUAGCAUCCAGGUGGUGUUGGGCUAUGAGCCGCAUGAGGUGUUGAAUCGCUCGUGCUGGGAUUACUUCCAUCCCCAGGAACUGCCGUUUGCGCGCAGUGUUCAUGGUCGGGGUGUGCGGCUGGAUAAAGCUGCCGUUCUUAACUACUGCUCCAUCCGACACAGAAACGGAUCGUGGGUCGGGUGUGAGUGUGUGUUCACGGUGGUGUACGAUGUGUUGAUCGCAAGUACCACCAUCUAUGGGCGUGGGAAGGGCAGUCAGAAUCGCGCUGUCGAUGCGCCCAUUGUCCGCCAUCUCUUCGACUCUUCACCCAAUGACUCGCGGUACCACAUGCUUACUUGGCUAUCCAACAAGUUCUCGCAACGUCUUGAUGAGCCGCUCCACGAGCCUCGGGCGGCUAUGUUUGUUAAUAGAUUUACUCGCACGGCGACUAUCAUGUAUGCUACCAGCGGUGUGAGUGAAAUUCUGGGCCUAAGCCCAGAACAGCUUAUUUCGAAAAGCUUCUUUUACUGUAUUCAAGAACACUGUUUGCGGGAUGCAGUAAGGUGCUUGGAGAGUGCGAAGGCGAACGACUCAAUUGCCUACCUGCGAUUCUGGUUCCGGAACCCCAUGCAGGAUGACAAUCCCGAAAUGGCUCGCCUUGGACUUGUCGCAUUUUCGGACCCAAUCCCUCCCCUGGAGUUGGAGGCCGUUGUCUCAUGCACAUCGGAUGGAAUGGUUGUUAUUCUCCGUCGGGCACGCGCUCCUAUACCUACUAGCAGCACCCGUCCACCUCAGCCAGUACCUACUUACCCAAGCGGCAUCUUUGCUGCGCCGUGGGCUCGUGAGCCGGUCUACUCUUAUGGUCCAACGCCCUCUGCCCAAGAGACAACUGUCCCGAAUCCGGCUUAUCCAGAGGUGAAGACUACACUUUGCAGAGACGACGGAUCUUUCGGGUCCCAAACUACCGCAAGCUCUUCUGCUCCCAGCUUCGAAGCACCUCCUCCCCGGUCAGAGCAGAAGGCAAGCGCUCCUGGUGGUCCUCAGGCACACAACCUCAUGGAUACGAUCCGCGAGGUGGCCGUCUUCGCUUGGGGUAUUGUUGGAAUCAACCGGUCGCUUGAGCAGUAUAAGCGUGGUACACCAGCGGGCAAUUCUCAGCCAGAAGGUGCGACGUUCUGA